AUGAAAACGAAUGAGAAAGAACUGCUCCAUGGGCUGAACGAUCGUUUCGCCGGAUUUAUAGAGAAGGUGCGUCAUUUCGAGCAUCAAAAUGAAUUGCUCGAGAGGGAAAUCGAGGAAAUCAAACAGAAGGCACAGUCCCCUGCGUCUCUGGCCCAGGAGCACGAGCCGGAGCUUAUGGAUCUGAGGAAAUUAUUUCAUGACAUCACCCUUCAGAAGCGUCAGAUCGAGAUAGAGCAUCAGAACCUGGAGGAAGAUUUCCUCACCUUGAGAGACAAGUACGAGCAGGAGGCGCGUGACCGCUCGGACGCAGAGAACGGCAUCCUUGUGCUGAAAAAGGAUGCCAACGAUGCAUACCUCUCCAAACUUCAGUUGGACAAGAAAGCGCAGUCUCUGGUGGACGAGAUCCACUUCCUGAAGAAGAACCAUGAGGACGAGGUAUCGGAGAUGGUGGCCCAGAUCCAAGAGGCUCAGGUAACGGUCAAGGCGCACAACUUUGGCAAACCCGAAAUCACUGCGGCUCUCUGGGACAUCCGUGCACAGUUAGAAGGUCACGCUGCCUCCGACAUUCAGCAGGCGGAGGAGGGCUUCCGUGUCCAGUUCGCAAAGUUAACCAAAGCGGCAGAGAGCAACAGAGAGGCGCUGAAGGCGACCCAGCAGGAGAUCCAGGAGAAUAGAAGGCAAAUGCAGGGAAAAAAUAUUGAACUGGACUGCGGGAAAGGAACGAGAGAGGCCCUGGAAAAACAACUACAUGAGCUGGAGGAGCGUCACUAUGUGGAAAUGAUUCAUUACCAGGACACUAUCAGGCAGCUGGAGAAUCAGCUGACCAAUGCUAAACUAGACAUGUCUGGCUACCUGAGAGAGUACCAGGACCUGCUGAAUGUCAAAAUGGCUUUAGAUGUGGAGAUUCUCUCUUACAGGAAACUCCUGGAGGGUGAGGAGUCCCGUCUGUACACCAUCUCUGACACCCACAUCUCCAUGCCCUGCAUCUACAACCAGCCCCCCAUCUACACCCUGCCUUGCCUGGCCCGGCAGGGAGGUCCCACACGCAGAUCUGUGCCCCAGUACAAGUUUGUAGAGGAGAUUAAAACUGAGACCACCAGAGAGGUGGAGAUGUCCGACAUUGAGGAGACAGGCUCUGAGGAGACAGAACCCAAAACAGGAAGUUCAAUAAAGGGUGAACCACAGGUCCCCAUGGAGGACAUCUCCAAAGAAUCCAAAAAGUUGUCAGAGGAGAGAAAAAAAGAAAGUCAUUUAAAAGAGAAAAAAGAGAUAGAUCUGAAAGAGGAGAGUUUCUCAACAGAGCAACAGCAGGAUAGCCCAAAAGAAAGUCCCAUCAAAGAGAGAAAAAAGGUAGAUAUGACAGAGCAGAGUGCCCCAACACUGGAGCAGAAACCUGAUCAGAAUGAGCACAGCGAGUCAGACCAACCUCAAGAGGUAGAGAAGCUGAAGAGCAGUUCAACCAAAGCGGCAGUGGAGCAGGUGAAGUCACCAGAUGAUUCUGGUGUAAAAACGACACAGGAUGACACAACAGUAGGAAGUAAAAUUCCAGACGGAAUUCCCAGCACAACAAGUGAGUGUAAGGAAGAGCCUGUGCCAAAGAAUCCUGAAAAGGAGGUGGGUCCGAAAGAGCCAAACGUGGGCAACAAGGAUGAUAGUGUAAAAAAGGUUGAGCUGAAUGAAUCGAAUGGCAGUGAAAAGUUCACAAAAGAUGUCUCAACAGCUGAGGAAAAAGUGAAAGAAUCUGAGACAUCCCCUAAACCAGACAAAACCGUCACCCCAAAAGAAGAAACAUCCCCUAAACCAGAGCCAACAUUCACCCAUAAAGAGGAGACAUCCCCUAAAGCAGACCCCACUGUCACCCCUAAAGAGGAGACAUCCCCUAAACCAGACCCCACUGUCACCCUUAAAAAGGAGACAUCCCCAAAACCAGACCCCACUGUCACCCCUAAAGAGGAGACAUCCCCUAAACCAGACCCCACUGUCACCCCUAAAGAAGAAAUAUCCUCUAAACCAGACCCAACUGUCACCCCUAAAGAGGAAAUAUCCCCAAAAACAGACCCCACUGUCACCCCUAAAGAAGAAACAUCCCCUAAACCAGACCCCACUGUCACCCCUAAAGAGGAGACAUCCCCUAAACCAGACCCCACUGUCACCCCUAAAGAAGGAACAUCCCCUAAACCAAACCCCACUGUCACUCCUAAAGAGGAGACAUCCCCUAAACCAGACCCCACUGUCACCCCGAAAAAAGAAACAUCCCCUACCCCAGAACCCACUGUCACCCCUAAAGAAGAAACAUCCCCUAAACCAGACCCCACUGUCACCUCUAAAGAGGAGACAUCCCCUAAACCAGACCCCACUGUCACCCCUAAAGAAGGAACAUCCCCUAAACCAGACCCCACUGUCACCCCUAAAGAACAAACAUCUCCUAAACCAGAACCCACUGUCACCCCUAAAGAGGAAACAUCCCCUAAACCAGACCCCACUGUCAUCCAUAAAGAACAAACAUCCCCUAAACCAGACCCCACUGUCACACCAAAAGAGGAAAUAUCCUCUAAACCGGACCCAACCACCACCCCUAAAGUAAAAACGUCCCCUAAACCAGACCCAACCAUCACCCCUAAAGAGGAUAUAUCCCCAAAACCAGACCCCACUGUCACCCCUAAAGAAGAAACUUCCCCUAAACCAGACCCCACUGUAACCCCUAAAGAGGAGACAUCCCCUAAACCAGACCCCACUACAUCCCCUAAACCAGACCCCACUGUCACCGCUAAAAAGGAGACAUCCCCAAAACCAGACCCCACUGUCACCCCUAAAGAGGAGACAUCCCCUAAACCAGAACCCACUGUCACCUCUAAAGAGGAGACAUCCCCUAAACCAGACCCCACUGUUACCCCUAAAGAAGGAACAUCCCCUAAACCAGACCCCACUGUCACCCCUAAACAAACAUCCCCUAAACCAGAACCCUUUGUCACCCCUAAAGAAGAAACAUCCCAUAAACCAGACCCCACUGUCACCCCUAAAGAGGAGACAUCCCCUAAACCAGACCCCACUGUCACCCGUAAAGAGGAGACAUCCCCUAAACCAGACCCAACUGUCACCCCUAAUGAAGAAACAUCCCCUAAACCAGAACUAUCUGUCACCCCUAAAGAGGAGACAUCCCCUAAACCAGACCCCUCUGUCUACCCUAAGGAAGAAACAUCCCCUAAACCAGAACUAUCUGUCACCCCUAAAGAGGAGACAUCCCCUAAACCAGAACCCACUGUCACCCCUAAAGAAGAAACAUCCCCUAAACCAGACCGCAAUGUCACCACUAAAGAGGAAACAUCCCCUAAACGAGACUCCACUGUCACCCCUAAAGAAGAAACAUCCCCUAAACCAGACCCCACUGUCACCCCUAAAGAAGAAACAUCCCCUAAACCAGACCCUACUGUCACCCCAGAAUCAACAACCACCCAUAAACCAGGCUCAACUCUCACCCCAGAAUCAACGACCACCCCUAAACCAGACUCAACCCUCACCCCAGAAUCAACGACCACCCCUAAACCAGACUCAAUCCUCACCCCAGAAUCAACGACCACCCCUACAGAAGAGAGUGAAACGAUCAGCAGUGGUGACAAAGCUAAGACAAUCACACCACCAGAGAAACAGGUGUCUGCAGUUGCAGAGAGCAUAGAUUCACACAGGGAGGCGCCAGAGAGCAACACAACUCAGGAGAAACCAGAGGAAAGUAUGGCCAAAGAGCCUGAGAAGGCUACAGAUCCCAAAGAUGAAACCCCAAAGACAGAGAGCGUGAAGACCAAGUCCUCUGAGUUAAAACCUGAACAUGUGGAGAUAUCUAUUACAAAGACAUCUCCAGUGAAAGAACAGGAUGUAUCAGACGUAGGUUUGAAAGAGAAAACAUUUGAUGGGAAGAUAACAGAACAGGCGCAAUUUAAAAUAGACGAGAACGGCUUUACAGGAGGUGAUGUAGAGAGCAAAGAUGACACAACUUUGAAGAAGACAACAGGAUAAGAUGCUGAGCCAAUCGCAGAGAUGCAAGCUAAACCUAAAACUUGGGACUUAACCUCUUUUUAGAAUGACUAGAUUUAGAGGUCAGUAGAGGUUUUCUGUAAAACUGCAUGGUUAGUGCAAGCCUUUAAAGCAAUAUGAGCACUGCUCCGCCUUAAAAAAUUAACUGACACUUAAUAUGUACAGUAUCAUGGUUUGUGACUGUCAAUUAUGAGGCACAGUUAAUGAACUCCUGUGAGAGAGAUGUACUGUAAUAUUGAAUGUAACAAAUCAAAAGCUGUAUUUUGCUGUAUCUAUUUACUUCUGCCCAAUGGAUGUGAAUGUGCAUAGGAAUGAUCAUGUGAAUGGUUGAUAAUGUGAUUUGAUCAUGCUUGAAUGUGCUGAGCAAU